GUUGUUGUGAUUCGAGACCCGGGAAAAAAGUCACGCCUGAGCACUGCGGCAGCCACCGAGCAAGAACGAGACCAGAUUUACAUAUUCGCCCCAAGGGUUUAAAUGCGUGGGUGAAGUGUAACUCACCGCGACGGCUUGGCAACCUCAGGAGGCGUAGCGCAAAGGAUUGAUCAGUGUCGUGCUGUCCCGCGCCGUGAACACCAGCAUUCCUGCAACAGGUAAGUUUCAUUCCUCUUCUGCAUGGAGCUGCUCGGAGCGCGCGCUCGGUGAGAGUUCAGCAGCACUCAGACCGCACACAUCUGAAGCAGACAAGAAAACGGAGAAGGAGCUACAACCCAAGCAGUGAUGCCAUCCAACAAGUAUUCCUCCGCUAUCAUGGCGGAAAGUGACAAGAUGACAGCCACGGCUGCUGUAAAUGGUGACAUGUCUGCAGUGGAGGGUUUGUCAGAGAAUGACAGCAGACUGGAGAUGACCAAUGAGAACAGCCCCUUAACGGGGGCAGAACCACCUUCACCGUUUAGCCCCAAACAGAACGGGGGCGCAGCAUCACCUGCAGAUGAGAGUGUGAACAGCCUCAGGAGGAAGAGAUCUCGGAAGCGUUCUGAAACAGAUUACGAGUGUGCCUGGGACUCUUGCAGUGAGGAAAAGUCUGAUCUGGAUUCAGGUCUUAGAGAGAAGCCUCCUCCCAGGACCAUCUUCCAGGCUGGACUAAGAGCUCAAACGAAACCCCGUAACAGAGAGAGGGGCCGCGGCAAGCAGGAGCCCAGGAGUCUGAUUCCUAGUCUUCCUGAAGACCCCCAGCUGGAGCUGAUGGAGCAGGACUCUAAAGACUCAGCUCAAAGCAGCGCUACAUCCACCUCCACUACCGACACAGCCAGCCAGCCUGAAUACAAUGACAAUAAAGGCUUUGGAAUUGGGGAGCUGGUGUGGGGCAAAAUUAAGGGUUUCUCCUGGUGGCCUGGCAUGGUGGUGACCUGGAGAGCCACAGGGAAGAGACAGGCAUCGCAUGGCAUGCGCUGGCUCCAGUGGUUUGGUGAUGGCAAGUUCUCUGAGGUGUCUGCAGACAAACUGGAUUCCAUCACAGCCUUCUCCAAGUUCUUUAAUCAGUCCUCUUACACCAAGUUGGCUUCCUACCGCAGAGCCAUAUUCCAGGCCCUGGAGAUGGCUAGCAUACGUGCUGAGAAGACAUUUCCUCUGUGUGAAUCGGAUAAUCCAGAGGACCAGGUGAAGCCUAUGCUGGACUGGGCUCACAGUGGCUUCCUGCCCAAAGGCAAGGAAGGCCUCAAACCCAAAGAGAACUCCUCUGAGUGCUGUUUGUUCCCAGCAGCUCCAGAGAGCACAACGCUGCAGGCUAAACUUCUGGAGUCCAAUCCACCGGAGUUUGCACCAUCCGCCAAAAGGGCCCGACUCAGCAUGUGCAAGGCCAAAUCAGCCAGUGAGGACAUCUACAGCAGAGAACAAAUGGUUCAUGAAGUCUUAAAGAAUCACAGAAGUAUAGAAGAGUUCUGCCUGUCUUGUGGCAAGACAAGAGCAGCAACCUUCCACCCCCUGUUUGAAGGAGGCCUUUGUCAAGCAUGCAAGGAUGUAUAUUUAGAGAUCUCCUACAUGUAUGAUGACGAUGGCUAUCAGUCGUACUGCACGGUGUGCUGUGGAGGCCGAGAAGUGCUACUUUGUGGCAACGCCAACUGCUGCAGGUGUUUCUGUGUGGACUGUUUGGACCUGCUGGUGGGUGCAGGAGCAUCGAACAGUGCACGGGAUUUGGACCCGUGGCUGUGUUAUAUGUGUCAGCCAUUGCAGCAGUAUGGCGUGCUGAAGAGACGUCACGACUGGAGCCUUAAACUGCAGGAGUUCUUUGUCAAUGACAAUGGACAGGAGUUUGAAAGUCCAAAGAUUUUCCCAGCAGUCCCAGCAGAGCAAAGGCGUCCAAUUAGAGUUCUGUCACUGUUUGAUGGCAUCGCCACAGGUUAUCUGGUGCUGAAGGAUUUGGGUUUUAAGAUUGAUGCAUACAUUGCCUCAGAGGUGUGCGAGGACUCCAUAUCCGUGGGAGUUGUCCGACAUGAAGGAAAAAUCCAAUAUGUGAACGAUGUUCGAAAUAUCACCCGGAAAAAUAUUGCAGAGUGGGGACCGUUUGACUUGGUGAUUGGUGGAAGCCCAUGUAACGAUCUGUCAAUUGUCAAUCCAGCCAGGAAGGGCCUUUAUGAAGGGACUGGCCGCUUGUUCUUUGAGUUCUAUCGCCUGCUGAGCGAAGCGAAGCCAAAAGAGGGAGAAGACCGGCCCUUCUUCUGGAUGUUUGAGAACGUGGUUGCAAUGGGCGUCAAUGAUAAACGGGACAUUUCCCGCUUCCUUGAGUGUAAUCCAGUGAUGAUUGAUGCUAUUGAAGUGUCAGCCGCUCACAGAGCACGAUAUUUCUGGGGCAACCUGCCAGGAAUGAAUAGGCCUCUCUGUGCCUCUGGCAUGGAUAAGCUAGAACUACAGGACUGCCUGGAGCAUGGCCGCGUUGCGAAGUUUGGAAAGGUGCGUACCAUCACAACCCGCUCCAACUCCAUCAAGCAGGGUAAAGACCAGCAUUUCCCUGUCAUCAUGAAUGGCAAAGAGGACAUUCUGUGGUGCACAGAGCUUGAGAGGAUUUUUGGGUUCCCUGUCCACUACACAGAUGUGUCCAACAUGGGACGUGGUGCCAGACAGAAACUGUUGGGUCGUUCAUGGAGCGUACCAGUCAUCCGGCAUCUCUUUGCCCCUCUGAAGGACUACUUUGCCUGUGAAUAACAGCCAAAAAAGGUGUCCAGUCCACUCAGGCCAAAGUCACACUGGCUUAAUACCUACAGCAACAGAGCACCAAAUGGCUUCACAAGACACAGGGGAACUCUUGAGGUUUCGUUAUUUUUGUCUCAUUAGAGACACAAGCAAGAUUUUGUCCAGCAGGUGAUGCUGUUGCUUUGAGCCAUGAAUGGUUUUUAAGGGCCUACUUAAGGUAGGACAAGAGGCUGUUUUACUAAUGGAUGACCAUACACCUUCAAACUCAUCACAUUUUACACAAAAGUACUUGAUUUUCAGGGAUCUUGUUUCACUUAAUGAUGCCUUUUCUACCUUGACAGACAGAAAUGCUGGUGGACAGGUUUAAAGAUCUCAUCCUGAUAGACAAAGCUGACAUUCUGGCAAAGAUUAACAUUGUAUCUCAUUUAAUGGUUAUGUGAUAUGUGUACUGAAAUCCCAUGUUUUUCUUCUGUGAGCUAUGUGCCAUCAAACUCUGCAUUAUGAUAGUUUACUUUUUUUUAAAAAAAAACCCUAUUCUUCAAGGACUAUGCUGUCUUUUUGCAGUUCAAUAUUUUAGUUUCUAGUAGAAAGAUGUAGUAAGAUUUAAUGUCCCUUAACUUUUUGUUGCUUCUCAAAGAAUUGAAACAUUGAUUAUUUGCCAAAAUGUCAGAGUUGUUUACAAGUAGAAUGAGUUAUUUUAGAGCUUGAGGUAUUUAAGCAUGGAAAAAAAGAAUUCAGUUAGUCUCACCAAAGAUCAAAACACCCAGACUGAGUCUUAAUUUCAAGUCAUAACAUGAUUCCUUAGAGUUUGGACUUUUCCCAAAAAGGGAAAGGUUGACAAUUUUUUAUAAUAUUUUGUUGUUAUUGUUGUUGUUGUCAUUUGUGUAGUGACUGUGGAUUGUGUGACCUUUGACAAGCAUUUGUAAUGCAUUCCUUGUACUAUAGGUCUUUUUACUCAAAGAAAUACUUGAAAUGAGUGCAUCAGUGCAAAAGCUAAACUGUGAGCCCACAUUAUAUAUAUUUGCAAACAUGUUCUUCUACAAAGGACUUUCCAUACAUUCAAGGGAAAAAAAAAUCUUUAAAAGAUAAAGCAUUGUAAAACAAAGCCAAAUUGUUUUACAAAAGCCAAAAGCCAAACAAAGUACAAUUGCUAUAUAAGCAGUUUAUCUGAUAUUUUAUAUUUUUAAAUUUAUUACCAGUAAUAUCAUGAGUAUUAAAAGAACAUGUCACAUCCAGGUCUUCGUAACAAGAAAUCAAAAUGCAGUAAUUACAAAUAACACACAGGGUACUGUUUUUAUAUGUUUACAUUCCUAACUAGUUUUUAAGGUCUUCACAUAGACCUUCACUGGAACUGUAUUAUGAAAGUGACUUCCUGAAAGAUGAGGACUGAUUUUGAACUAAAAAAGUACCCGAGUUUCUUUACUGUUGUUUCUUUGUUGUAUUGGGUGCUCUGUCAUAACAGGUUGCAUUUUUGCGCUCCUUCCUUUUACAUUCUUUUUUUAGUAUCAUUUUCAAAUGUUUUUUAAACUUAUGGUGCCUUUUGAAGUACAAUACACCUUGGAGCCUGUUUUAUUGCUUUAAAAUAGAAAGUAAUACUUAAGCUCUACAUGUAUGUGCUUCAGAACGACUACUGUUCAGAAUUAAAGCUUGAAUAUGUUGUUAACUGUUUAAAGACAGUAUGCUGAAAUAUCUUUGUUUUAGUAUAUCAUGUAAGAUAGAAGUUUUCUAUCACUUAUAUUUGCAUUAUAAAAUGACAACUACAGACUUCUAAUAGCCCAAAUGUAGGUCUAUGUAAAAAAUAGCACAAAGUACUGCCUACUUUUCACAUUUUGUAGACUUUAUAUUGUAGUGUUUUAAAUUUUUUUAAGUUCUAACAUUUUAUGUAGUUGUUCUUUAAAUAUGAUGCAUAAAUAUUUGUCAUCUGCUUGCUAUUUGGUAAAAUAAAAACACAUUAGCACUGAAAACUUACAUAUUAACAGUACAUUUUAUACAAAGUCCAUUUUGGAGCAUUUUUGAUAAGUACUCCAUGACUUUAUUUUUAUACUUUUGUACUCAUUUGUAUGCUUUUGUAUACCUUUUUUAUUUUUUUAUUCAUAACUAUAUGUAACAAAGUGUUGUUAGUGGCAUUGACACCAAUAAAGAAGAUACAGCCUUUACUGUACUAUACAAAAA